AUGACACGUGAACUUCAGACGCUGCUCGCUGGAGGGGCCUGGGGCAACGGCUGGGCCCGGGGACCUCAGGGCAUGGCCAGCGGGGUGGGCCAGAGCCCCUGGCAGACCCUUGUCUCUGCCGCCUUCCUGCCUGCCCCGGGCACGGGCUGGGCAAACAGCUGGUGCUCAGGGUGGCCCCCUCACCCCAGCUCAAGUGGCCCAGGUGCCUAUGUUUCCUCUGGGGACCCCGAGGUGGCUCAGUGUCCCUUGGCCGUCCCUCCGCACCCCAGCCCGGGAAGAGAGCCCCACAGGCAGGGCCCGCCACUGAACGCCUCCAGGGCAGAGGGCAGAGCCUGUUUGCGGAGUCAGCUCUUCACGGCUGACGGUGCCGUCAACGGGCAGUGGGGGGACAGCGGUUCCUGCCGGGAAGGGGGGCAGCGCCACAGCCUCCUGGGGCCUGGGGAGCCUCCUGCCCGCGGUGCCAGGAACCUGCCCGGUGGCCCCGCCUGGGCUGUGCCCGCCUCAGGCGGCCUGUGUGGGGCUGGUCCUGCCAGGACGACCCGCCCAGGAGCCCCGGACCCCUCCCGGCCCUCCCUGCCUCCCGCCACAGCCCUGCAGGCUGGAGGACGGGGCCCCAGGGUCCAUGGGCCUCGUGUUCUCAUUGAGUGCUGGCUGUUUGCCCGGCUCCCGCUGGGCAGCACGGAGCCCCCGGGAGGCCCAGGGCUCACCUGGUGGGGGGACAUCCUGCCCCCUGAGCCACGGGCUGUGAGGACAGCUGUGCCCACUCCCCAACCCCCACCCAGGCUGCGAGAACGUGGGGCCCCCGGCCCAGGGCAGCCCCAGCCUGCGCCCCCGCCGUGGCCCACCCGCGGCUCUGCUGUCUCCUGGCCUUCACACAGGUCCGGUUUUCGGCCUGCUCCCGCCCUCCCUGCCUGCCUUCUAGCACCUUCUGAGCGGCCAGCUGUCCUGGUGCUGCCCUGGGCGUGGGGCCUGACGGGGAAGGAGGGAGCAGCAACGGGCAGCGGCCUGGGGGUCUGGGAGGGGCAGAUUGGAGCAGGGGCAUUAAGUACUUCACCAUGUGCAGCCAGCGCCGCCGCCCACCUCCAGAACCUUCUCAUCCCCCCAGCGGAAGCCCUGCCCCGUGGACACGAGCGCCCCGGCCCCUCCCCAGCCCCGCACCCCCAUCCGCUCUGUCUCCGUGGGACCGAGGACGGGGGCCUCAGCGAGUGGCACCGGCCGGGGUGUGUCCUGUGUCUGGCUCUGCGUCCCCGGGGUCCCCCACGCCGCGGCCCCACUUCCUGUCCCAUCAGUGCCCGGGCCCCGGCUCCUGUGCGUCUCCACCAACACCGGCUACUGGCCGUUCCCUCCACAGCGGCCAGCCUCGUGGCUGGGACGUGGCAUCUCACCGCGGCCUCCCGUUUCCCGAAGGCUGUGCCGGCUGACACGUCUCCUUGGGAGAAACGUCCACCCGCGUCCUGUGUCUGAAUCUGAGUCGGGUUGUUUGGGUUUUUGUUGUUGAGUUUUAGGAGUUUUUAAAAAUACAUUCUAGAUAGUAAUCCCUUACCAGAUACGUGAUUUGCAGAUCUUUCUCCCCGUCUGUGCUGUCUGUGACUGUUUCGACACAGAAAGGUUUCAUCUUGAUGGAGUCUGUAUCUGUCCUGCCGCCUGUGCCAUUGCCGUCCUGUGCGAGAAAUCGUCACCGAAUCCAACGUCAUGAAGAUUUUCCCGUUUUCUUCUGAGAGUUUCAUCGCUUUAGCUCCUAUGUCUAGAUAUUUGCUCCAUUUUGAGUUUUCCUUGCCGUGGGUCAGGGAAGGGUCCGGCGGCUCUCGUCGCGUGUGAACAUCUGGUGUACUCAGCACCGUGUUUCUCCGCGGAGCGGUCCCGGCACACGGGCGAACGUCGGCCGGCCGCGCGUGCCGAGGCUUGCGUCCGGGCCUGGGUUCUCUCCACGGUGUUUUGUUCCCGCAGCUUUGCACCCAGUUUUGAAGUCCAGAAGUGUGAGCCGUCCAGUUCUGUCCUGUCUCAAGAUAUUGGCUACUCAGGGUCCGGGACAGUCUGCAUGAAUUUCAGCGUAGAUUCUUCUGUUGUCCAGAAACGUCACUGGGAUUUUGGUGGGGAUCGCGUGACACCUGCAGAUCCCUUUGGAGAGUCUUGUUAUCAUCUUGCAUCAUCAGACGCGUGGGCACAGGAGGUCUUUCCACUUCGUGUCUUUACAUUUUUCCCAGCAAUGUUUUGUAGCUUUCAGUGCACAAACUUUUGCCUCCGUGGUUAAGUUUAUU